GGACACUGUGAGUCGCUACUUACCUAGUCCUGAUUCUUAUUUUGACGUCCCACAGACUGCGUCUGCAUUACAGACAUUUCUGCUGGCCAUGGUGCUCUAUCCUGAUGUCCAAGCUCGGGCUCGCGCAGAAAUUGAUCAAGCUGUGAAACACGAUAGAAUGCCGUGCCUUGAUGACAGGGCGUCAAUGCCCUACCUUGAUGCCAUCCUCCGCGAGGUUCUGAGAUGGCAUCCUGUCGUCCCCCUAGGAAUUCCACAUGCGACGUCAAAUGAUGAUGUUUACGACGGGUACUUCAUACCCAAAGGUGCGAUGGUAAUGGUGAAUCAGUGGGCACUCUCUCGGGAUGAAGACGUAUUUCCCGAUGCAUCGCGCUUCGUGCCAAGUCGCCAUCUGACAGUCGACGGGAAGCUGAAGGACCCUUUCGUCAACCAUUUUGCCUUUGGUCAUGGGAGGCGUAUUUGUCCUGGUCGUUGGUUCGCAGAGAACAGUCUGUGGACUGCUACUGUUGCCAUACUCGCCGUCUUGCGCAUCAAUCAUGCCAAAGACUCGAACGGGAACAAGAUUGAGGUGAAGCCGGAGUUCACCACCGGCUUGGCGGUUCACCCUGAACCAUUUCAGUGUUCGUUUGAAAUCGUGAACACGGCGAGAGAAAGACACAUCCGAGCGAUGAUGAAUUCGAAUGAGACUUCGUUUGUACUUUAGGUGGUGUCAUGUAAUAGUACCACGACGCAGAGUGCACUGGAUGGCACGGUUUUGCGACCUCUGAUGAACGAGAAUUCAUUGAGUCUUCAGAAACCAGAAGAUCUCGUGACCAGGUGCAACCAGGCUGCACACUGUUGAUAGGUUCGCGGGCCCUUCUCUGUUGCAACGCUCGUACUACGACUUACGUAGAUUGGGAUUGCAUUAUACAGCUGUGGACACUAGAGAAAGUC